CCCACCAGCUGGCUGUACCCGGAGCCGUGGCAACAGCCCUGUGAAACCCGCAUCCCCAUGGCGGACAUCCCAGCCCUGGACCCGGAGGCUGAGCCCAGCAUGGAUGUGAUUUUGGUGGGAUCCAGUGAGCUCUCAAGCUCUGUUUCACCCGGGACAGGCAGAGAUCUUAUUGCAUAUGAAGUCAAGGCUAACCAGCGAAAUAUAGAAGACAUCUGCAUCUGCUGCGGAAGUCUCCAGGUUCACACGCAGCACCCUCUGUUUGAGGGAGGGAUCUGCACCCCUUGUAAGGACAAGUUCCUGGAUGCCCUCUUCCUGUACGACGAUGACGGGUACCAAUCCUACUGCUCCAUCUGCUGCUCCGGAGAGACGCUGCUCAUCUGCGGAAACCCUGAUUGCACCCGAUGCUACUGCUUCGAGUGUGUGGAUAGCCUGGUCGGCCCCGGGACGUCGGGGAAGGUGCAUGCCAUGAGCAACUGGGUGUGCUUCCUGUGCCUGCCCUUCUCCCGAAACGGGCUGCUGCAGCGUCGGAGGAAGUGGCGCAGCCAGCUCAAGGCCUUCUACGACCGAGAGUCGGAGAAUCCCCUUGAGAUGUUCGAAACCGUGCCUGUGUGGAGGAGACAGCCGGUCCGGGUGCUGUCCCUUUUUGAAAACAUCAAGAAAGAGCUGACGAGUUUGGGCUUUCUGGAAAGUGGUUCUAAGCCGGGACAGCUGAAGCAUGUGGAUGAUGUCACAGACACAGUGAGGAAGGACGUGGAGGAGUGGGGACCCUUCGAUCUUCUGUACGGCGCCACACCUCCCCUGGGCCACACCUGUGACCGUCCCCCCAGCUGGUACCUGUUCCAGUUCCACCGGCUCCUGCAGUACGCACGGCCCAAGCCUGGCAGCCCCAGGCCCUUCUUCUGGAUGUUCGUGGACAAUCUGGUGCUGAACAAAGAAGACCAGGAUGUCGCGUCUCGCUUCCUGGAGAUGGAGCCAGUCACCAUCCCAGAUGUCCAUGGCGGAUCCCUACAGAACGCUGUCCGCGUGUGGAGCAACAUCCCAGCCAUAAGGAGCGGCAGGCACUCGGCUCUGGUUUCAGAAGUGGAAUUGUCCCUGCUGGCUCAGAACAGGCAGAGUUCGAAGCUCACGGCCAAGUGGCCCACCAAGCUGGUGAAGAACUGCUUUCUCCCCCUAAGAGAAUAUUUCAAGUAUUUUUCAACAGAACUCACUUCCUCUUUAUAAAUGAGUCACUAUACUGUGAAAAAGAAAAA